UCUGUCUGUUUGUCUUGCAUUGUAUACGCUUUCGAAAUUUCCCACACAUUCGCGACAACAAACUCCAAAAUGCCAUCGGUAAGUGAAAAGAAUGAAACAGAGGACGAGGAGAUGGAGCAAGAAUCUCAAGAUAGCGACAAGAGCGAAGAUGACGAAUCAGAGAGUGGUUCUGGUUCAGAGGAGGGGGACGAAGAAGAAAGUUCAGAGCUAGACGAAGAAGAAUGUGAAAGAAGAAGAGAUGAGUGCCUAGAUGAUAUGCUUGACUUGGAGAAACAAUUUUCAGAUUUAAAAGAACAACUCCAUGGGGAGCGUAUGUCUCAGGUUGAUGCCAAACUAGAAGAAGUUCAUGCAGGGCUUGCACAUGAGUAUUUAAGUCCACUUGAUGAGUUACAGGAAAACAUGAGGAUACGUACUGAAGUUGCAGGCAUAUGGCGAGAACUAGAACUCGAAAAUAUAAGAAAUAAAUAUGAGUGUGAAAUGCAAGCAGCACAACAAAAUUUUGAGAGUGAAAAAAUAAUUUUAUAUGAUACUGUAAAGGCUGAAUUAGAGGAAAAAAUUAGAAGACUGGAAGAGGAUCGACAUAACAUAGACAUUUCCUCUGAUCUGUGGAAUGAAUCUCAGAACUUAAAAAGGAACAAACGAAAAGUAGACCCACACAAUCCAGAUAGAAGACGGAAGCCUAUUACUGUGUCUGGUCCAUAUAUUGUCUAUAUGUUAAAGGAUAUGGAUAUAAUCGAGGAUUGGACGGCUAUAAAAAAGGCUUUAAAACAACAAUCCCAGAAAAGGAAAGCAGAACAUAUACUUAAAAAGGAGAACCACCCAUUCAAUGCAAGGUUUGAUGAUGGGAAGCUGUUUUAUGAAGGGGAGUGGUACAACAAGGGUCACCAUAUCAUCAUAGACAAUAAAGAGGAUUCUCCUGUACAUGCCACAGUCACAGCCAUUAAUACAGGAGAAGUUUGGGUGAAGCGGUCAGAUGGAAACAAGUCCAAGCUGUACAUAGCACAAUUACAAAAAGGGAAAUAUACAAUACGGCAUGUUCCGUAUUAGAUAUGGAAAUUGGGUAUUUCUACUUUGUAUAAUUUAUAUGACAUUUUCUAAAUAACAUCAUGUAGGGAACGCGUUCAAUACAAGAAUGUUGGUCUGUGUACUUGUAGCAUGAAUAGUAGACAUGGAUUAGUUUAUUUUAUUUAUUUAUUUUUAUUAUUUUAAUUAUUUAAUUUUGUUUAUUUAUUUAUUUAUUUUUGAUUUGACUUAAAUUAUUUAUUUAUUUAUUUAUUUAUUUUUGAGAUGAAGUAGUAGUGAAAGUUUUAUAUUACUUUGGUCACUAUCAUUAUUUUGCUCAAAAUCAUUGUAUUCUCACUUGUUAUUCUACUUUUUAUUAAAUAUUGACAGAUAUUAUGAUAGAUAAACCAUUCAAUUUUUUAUGUCAAUUUCAGACACCGAGACUAAAAAUUAUAGUAUUUUAAAUGAUUUACACCCAUUUUAAAAAUGAAUAUAUGUAAAUGAAUCCAAUUUUUCACAUAAACAGCAUGUCUAGUCUGAUUGAAGAUUUUCAGUACCAGUUCCAUAUCUUGUUUUGAAAUUUAAAUAUUCAGUCAAUUUGUAAAAUCCAUUCAAACAAUUUACUGGAGAUUUGUAGGAAGUUAAUGCAAACAUUUAUAAAAAAUAUACUUACACUAGGAGCUCUCUGUAGACCACGUAAUAUCUAAGGGUCUUCAUUUAUUUUCUUCAUUUUUGUUUAUUUAUUUAUUUUCAUCAGCAUCAUCAUUUCAUGUAAAAAGUCAUUUUCUCAUGAAGUAGAAUAAAUAUUUUUAAACAUUA